UGAUUGGUGUGUUACAUUUGGCAACAAACAAGGAAGUCAUUAAAGCGAGCACUUUUAGCAAGGGGAUUUGGUGUUUUCAGGACCCCUUCUUGAUAAUGUUUACUAUCACAUGAUGGUAUAAUAAAAUGAGGACGUUUGGACUGACACGUGAAUGGUAUGUCAAGGUCGGCAGGACAGGAGGAAGUCAGUGUCGAGGUUCCUCGUUUUGUGGUGGGCUUCGAGGACAAUGAGGCUAGAGAACUGAAGGGUGAAGACAUGAACGCGACAGAACCCUACGAUGAUGAUGACGAUUAUGACGAUCUGGCUUCAGCGCGUCAGAUCAUGGUGGGCAUCUGCUCCAUGAUGAAGAAGUCUAACUCAAAGCCCAUGACGCAGAUCAUGGAGCGUCUCUGUAAGUUUGAGUACAUCACGGUGGUCAUCUUUCCAGAGGACGUCAUACUCAACGAGCCGGUGGAGAAGUGGCCUUUGUGCGACUGCCUUAUUUCAUUUCACUCCAAAGGUUUCCCCCUGGAUAAAGCUGUGAGUUAUGCCAAAUUAAGGAACCCUCUUCUCAUCAAUGAUCUCAACAUGCAGUAUUUUAUCCAGGACAGGAGGGAGGUGUAUCGCAUUCUGAAGGAAGAGGGCAUUGACCUGCCACGUUAUGCUGUGUUGAACCGGGACCCUGACAGACCAGAAGAAUGUAACCUGGUGGAAAGUGAGGACCAUGUUGAGGUGAAUGGGGAGGUGUUUCAUAAGCCUUUUGUAGAGAAGCCUGUCUGUGCCGAGGACCACAAUGUGUACAUCUAUUACCCGACCUCAGCUGGUGGAGGCAGCCAGCGACUUUUCAGAAAGAUUGGCAGUCGAAGCAGUGUGUAUUCUCCAGAGAGCACUGUUCGGAAGACUGGAUCUUACAUUUAUGAGGAAUUCAUGCCUACAGAUGGUACAGAUGUGAAGGUCUACACUGUUGGACCUGACUACGCUCAUGCAGAAGCUCGAAAGUCCCCUGCUCUUGAUGGGAAGGUAGAAAGAGACAGUGAAGGAAAAGAGAUUCGAUACCCGGUUAUGCUCACUGCUAUGGAGAAACUAGUGGCACGAAAAGUGUGUCUAGCCUUUAAGCAAACGGUUUGUGGCUUUGACCUCCUCCGAGCAAAUGGACACUCCUUUGUGUGUGACGUAAAUGGCUUUAGCUUUGUAAAGAACUCCAUGAAAUACUAUGACGACUGUGCCAAAGUCCUUGGGAACAUGGUGAUGCGAGAGCUUGCUCCUCAGUUGCACAUACCCUGGUCUAUUCCCAUGGAAUCAGAGGACAUCCCUAUAGUGCCCACUACCUCAGGAACCAUGAUGGAAUUGCGCUGUGUAAUCGCAGUGAUCCGUCAUGGAGAUCGCACACCCAAACAGAAGAUGAAGAUGGAAGUGAGGAAUGCUUUGUUCUUUGAUCUGUUUAAAGAGUAUGGUGGCUACAAGAAAGGCAAACUCAAGCUAAAGAAACCAAAACAGCUUCAGGAGGUGCUGGACAUUGCCCGUCAGCUUUUAGCUGAGUUGGGUCAGCACAACGACUGUGAGAUUGAGGAGAAAAAAUCCAAACUGGAACAGCUGAAGACUGUCCUGGAGAUGUACGGACAUUUCUCCGGCAUUAACCGCAAGGUUCAGCUGACCUACCUGCCCAACGGCCAGCCUAAAGCAUCGAGUGAGGAGGAAGACUGUAAGAAGGAAGGUCCUUCUUUGCUGCUGGUGUUGAAGUGGGGAGGUGAACUGACUCCAGCAGGUCGAGUGCAGGCAGAAGAACUGGGGAGGGCAUUCCGCUGCAUGUACCCUGGAGGCCAAGAUAAACGUAGAUCUUUGGGCUGUGAAUCUCCUACUUACUGUGGUGACUAUGCUGGUUUUCCUGGCUGUGGCCUUCUGCGUUUACACAGCACCUACCGCCACGACCUCAAGAUCUAUGCUUCGGAUGAGGGCAGAGUGCAAAUGACUGCUGCAGCAUUUGCAAAGGGUUUGUUGGCACUGGAGGGUGAACUAACCCCCAUCCUAGUGCAGAUGGUUAAAAGUGCCAACAUGAAUGGCUUACUGGACAGUGACAGCGACUCGCUCACAGACUGCCAGCAGCGUGUCAAAGCUCGACUUCAUGAGAUCAUGCAGAAGAACCAGGAUUUCACUGAGGAGGACUUUCAAAAGCUUGCCCCAACUGCUAGCCCUUCUCUGGUUAACAGUAUGAAGGUAAUUGAAAAUCCUGUGAAGACGUGUGAUCAGGUCUAUGCUCUCAUACAAAGCCUCACAUGUCAGAUACGCAAAUGGCUGGAGGAUCCCAAAUCUGCUAAUCUGCAGUUAUACCACAGUGAGACCUUGGAGCUGAUGUUGCAGCGCUGGUCCAAGCUGGAGAGGGACUUCCGGAUGAAAAACGGUCGGUACGACAUCAGCAAAAUUCCAGACAUCUACGACUGUGUGAAAUACGACACGCAGCACAACAGCUCCUUGGGACUGGAGAACACACUGGAGCUUUUCCGGCUGUCACGAGCACUCGCUGAUAUCAUCAUUCCUCAGGAGUAUGGAAUAAAUAAAAUGGAGAAGUUGGAUAUCGCCAGUGCUUACUGUCUUCCGCUAAUUAAAAAGAUCCAGCUGGACCUGCAGAGAACGCAUGAAGAUGAGGCCGUAAACAAGCUACAUCCUCUGUACUCGCGAGGCGUGAUGUCUCCGGGUCGCCAUGUGCGGACCCGGCUUUAUUUCACCAGCGAAAGUCACGUCCAUUCCCUGCUCAGCAUCUUCCGCUACGGAGGUCUUCUUAAUGAGGAGAAAGAUGAGCAGUGGAAACAAGCCAUGGACUACCUCAGUGCUGUAACAGAACUCAACUACAUGACUCAGAUAGUCAUCAUGCUGUAUGAGGAUAACAAUAAGGAUCCAUCUUCAGAAGAACGCUUUCAUGUAGAGCUGCACUUCAGCCCUGGGGUCAAGAGCUGUCGUGAUGAAGAGAAUGCACCCAUGGGCUUCGGGUUCCGCCCUGCCUCUGCUGAGAACCAGGAUAAGCAGGAAAACCUGGGCAGUCUAGAGGAUUUAUCUCAGGAUGAGCCUGAUCGAGCUGCACUAACAGAGCACAUGGGCAUCCACCGGAGGUCUCCAUUAAUUCGCAAUCGCAAGACUGGUUCCAUGGAGGUCCUCUCCGAGAGCAACAACUCCCUUCGCGGCGCUGCUCAUCGCCUCUUUCCUUCGUGUUCCCGCCAGCCCUCUGAGAUCAAGUCCACUGGCCUGGGAUCCCUGUUUACUGGCCUCUUCAGUUCCUCCUUCCGGGGGGUGUCCUCCAGCGCCCCCAACCUUAGAGAGCUUACCCGAGCCCAGCGCAAAAUGUCCACCUCCCCCAGGAGGCAAGUCAGUAAAGAUGGGUUUGAAGGCUGCUCAAUGGUUCCCUCUAUACACCCACUGGAGACACUGCACAACUCGCUGUCUCUGAAACAGGUGGACGAGUUCCUCAACAAAGUGUGUGAGAGUCGGAGUGAGACGCUUGCCAAGUCUUUGAAAUCUCUGUCAGCCAUGUUUGACUCCCAGAUCCAACUUUCCUCAGAGCCUGUGAGUCAGGACAGAGCCAAAUCAGCAUCCCCACCACAGCCACAGCAGCAUCCAACCCAGUGUUUAUAGUAUGCCAGUUCUCCCUGCCACUCCAGGACCUUCAAAGUUGAGCCUGAGCCGUGCGUAAAGCAAACCUGCACUAAUAUCCUAAUCUGAUAUCAGCUUUCCACUCUCUGGUUAUGUGGAUUAAUAAGGAGCUCAAGCUAAUAAAGAAGCUUUUAUUUACCAAAAUGUAAGAUAUAGCUGUGAGGGGGAAGCUUUUCUACAUAGCUGCUGAUUCAUCCUUUUGCACUGUACUUUGUGCAGUUAUCCAGAACCUGUUUGGUUUGUGAUAACCAGCAUUUUGUGGGCUGUAAGCCAGUAGAACACUGAACCUAGUAAUUAAUUGCACUUUUAUAUCUCAGUGCUGUGUAGGAGUGAGAUUUAAUUCUAGCCCACAGCGAGCUGUAACAAACACAAUAGAACUCACAUUGGUAAUCGGCUCUUCCCUCGGCUGAUUGUAUUUCUCAAAUCUCCUCACAGCAGAGCAAUUUUAUUGGAGAAUGCCUUAAAGAUGUAGGUAGAUCAAUCAGAUCAGGUGUAGAGGAGAUGUUUCCUGUAUUAGGAUUCUCAUAUACAGCUGAUAAUGCAUAAAGCACCUUUCUGAACAUUUCUGAACACAACACAAAAUAACAAGUAAUAAGAUUUACUUUAUUUAUUUUAAAAACAAAAUAAAACAUCAAUAAUAAAAUAAUAAUAAUACAUUUUAUUUUAAGCAUUUUUUAAGCAUUCAAGGUACA